CUUGCUUUCCAGUUGGCCUGCUGCUGUGGUACUGCUGCUUGUGCCUUGUGCUGCAAAUGCUGCCCCAAGAUAAAGCAGUCAACAAGUACCCGCUUCAUGUAUGCGCUUUACUUCAUCCUGGUGACUAUCAUCUGUUGCGUCAUGAUGUCAACAACAGUAGCUAACGAAAUGAAAGUGCAUAUCCCUUUCUACAAGCAGCUGUGCAAGGGCAUUCAGGCGGGAGACACGUGCGAGAAGCUGGUGGGGUACUCCGCCGUCUACAAAGUCUGUUUUGGAAUGGCCUGUUUCUUCUUUCUCUUCUUCUUGUUCACUAUCAAAAUAAACAACAGCAAAAGCUGCCGAGCAUACGUUCAUAAUGGAUUCUGGCUUAUUAAGCUUAUACUUCUGGCAGCAAUGUGCUCAGGAGCCUUCUUCAUUCCUGAUCAGGACACUUUUCUCAAUGCCUGGCGCUACGUAGGAGCAACAGGAGGUUUCCUUUUCAUUGCCAUUCAGCUCAUCCUGCUUGUUGAGUUUGCACACAAAUGGAAUAAAAACUGGACGGCAGGCGCAAAUCACAAGCAGCUCUGGAACGGUUUGCUGGCUCUGGUCACUCUCGUCUUGUACUCUGUUGCUGUGGCAGCCCUGAUCGUCAUGGCUGUCUUCUACACACGCUCCGAGGGCUGCAUGUACAACAAGAUCCUCAUCGGUGUUAAUGGUGGUCUGUGCCUCUUUGUGUCGCUGGUAGCCAUAUCACCCUGUGUCCAAAAUCGCCAACCCCAUUCUGGUUUGCUGCAGUCAGGAGUCAUCAGCUGCUACGUCAUGUACCUCACUUUCUCAGCGUUAUCCAGCAAGCCUCCAGAAACUAUCCUGGAUGAAAACAAUCAGAACAUCACAAUCUGUGUACCUGAAUUUAGCCAAGGGCUGCACAGUGAUGAAAACCUCGUUACUGGCCUGGGUACUACCAUUCUGUUUUGCUGCAUUUUAUAUUCUUGUUUGACUUCAACAACACGUGCAAGCUCUGAAGCGUUGAGGGGAAUAUAUGCAGCACCUGAAACUGAAGUAGCUCGUUGCUGCUUUUGCUGUAUGCCCGACGGAGACGUUGAUGCUGAAGAGCACACUGAAAACAGGGGAGGCCAGACUGUGAUUUAUGAUGAAAAGAAAAGCACAGUGUACAGUUAUGCCUACUUCCACUUUGUUUUCUUCUUGGCUUCGCUCUAUGUGAUGAUGACAGUAACUCAUUGGUUCCAUUAUGAAAGCGCUCAGAUUGAAAAAUUCUUCACUGGAACCUGGUCCAUCUUCUGGAUUAAGAUGGUCUCCUGUUGGGUUUGUGUCUUUCUGUAUUUAUGGACUCUAAUUGCUCCACUCUGUUGCCCAACCAGACAGUUCUCAGUAUGAACACUCAGAAGGUCCCCUUUUUUUUUCCUUUGUUUUUCUGUUACAAAUAAAGUACCGCAGUCACUUUAUAAUGAGGAAAUAUCUAUUGCCUAGUUUUCAUAAUGUACUAGUUAGUAACUUUUUAGCCAGACGAAACUAGUGAUUGAAGACUUUUUUAACCUUUUCUAAUUGUCAUGAACAAAUGGUGUCCCAGGGAACGUGUCUGUUCAAAGAUGUUUGUAACACUGAUGUGUAGAGCAUAGGAAACGUGGUUGUUACAUAAACUGGAAUAAGUGAAAUGCUUUUGGAAUAACUGACAAUCUUUCUCCAACUUCUUUGGCAAGAAAAGAAAAAAAAAAUGGUGCAAAUGUAUGUUCUUCCUUCCUGUCAGUGUUGGGUAUCUUCUAGCAAGUAUGCAUUCCUUUUUAUACUCUUUUAUUAACUAUGUCUUUUACAGUGAUUGCAGUAGUGGUUUGGACUGCUAUUUUGUACAGCGUAUAAUUCUCUAAAGUAGUCUCCAGAUUUUUUCCCCAAAAAUGCACCUAAAUACUUUUGUAGAAAUAGAGAAUAUGUAAGAAUUUGACUGCCAAAGCAUCUACUAAAAAUUGUUUAACUAAAUAUUAAAUAUAUUAAGUUAUUGCAAACAUAGUAUGAGAAAGGAAUGUACCAAUGAUAACAGAGUAUUUAUGCUAUUAUAACUUAAAAAAGGCACCUGGAUAUUUUAUGUAAUUCCAAACUCGUCCAGUUAUUAACAGAAGGGAUGUUUGCACACCGAAAUUCUUAAAGCCUUAAUUUUGACCAGUUUUGCUUUGCCGGAUCAGUUAACUGCAAACUGUGUUCUGUACAGGGAUAUAUGAUACGGUACAUUCUUUAUUCAGAAUGUUUGCUGUUGCAGGAAUGCUAAUUACAGGAACUUUGCCAGUUGCUGAUAACUUUAAAAGUGAAGUGCUCAGUUACUAUUGUAACCUGCUGUUUCAACUUGUAUCUAAAGACUUCCCAGGCUCUUCAGUUCUGUUUUCAUUACCAGUUUUAUAAUAUUUAAAAUGUAGUGAGAGUCAGAAAAAGGACUUCAGUGUGUUAUCUUCCUUUUCUGCCUAUGUAUUGGUUGGAAAAUGAUCUAAUUUUAUAUUUUUAUACUUCUCUGUUAGAAUUUUGCUGUAGGAAUGGGAGUUAGCCAACCAAUCCAUUAAUAGAGACUAAACUUCUUUUGGAGAACUUGUGCUCCAAGCAGUGGGAUAAGCAGUCAAAAAAAUAAAACCAGAAAACACAGAUGUGGCAGCAGCUGCCUUAGUAAAAAUGGCUGACUUGACAAUAUUAAAGCCCACCAUGUCACUUUUAUUUGCUCUAAGUAGAUGAGUUGCUGGCAGAACAACACUUCAGACUUUUUAAAUGCUGAAUAAGGUUGAACCCACAUUAGAUAUCCACAUCUCUGCGGGAUAAACUUAUGACUUAUGUUAGUUCCAGAAUUUUUUCUCUUUCUCUCAGACACGAAAUAUUCAGCAUAUAAAUCAACUUAUGUAGCGUUUCUGUUCUUAAAUACAGUUGAGCCUUAAAUCUUCACCUGAUGCUUUCUACAAAAUAGAGAAAAGCACAACAUAGAGGCCAACAAGAUGGCCAAAAUAUUCGCGUGUCUUACUUGUUCUGAUGCAGUAAUUGACAGCUAAUGCACACUGGUGAAUAACCUUAACAUGCGAGGUACCAGUUGUGCUACUGCUGUCUUUAACACUUCUAGCUGCCUUGUUGCUCUGGAAUCGUGGGGGUCCUGCCCUGGGGAGAGCUCGCUAGGGGUGCGAUCUGCCCAACUCCGUGUGCUGUCACCUCAAACAUUAAGUCCACAGGCCUGCAGUCCUCGAAACUUAAGGUACCUACCCCAGUGAUCAGGAGCGCACCAACCCUCAGAAUACCGCUAUCAUGUAAUCUGAUGAGGGAAACUGGGGGGGAAAAGGCUGCCUGUAGGUGAACUCUUGCUCCUCUUCUCCCUGUUUGUUUCUAGAGGAAGAAGGUAGUUGAGUUAUGAAAGCAGCAAAUAGCUUUGGAGAUAGAGGCAAGUUUUUAUCUUUUUUUUUCUUUCUUUUUUGCUUCUGCUAGGAGGUUCUAAUCUUGCCAAGAUCUCUGCUAGCAUGAGGGCCCAUCUCUAUGUCUCUGACUGUGCUUGGAGUCUGGCCACACAGAUCUUUUUGCAGCAGAAGGGCCUUUGUUAAUGCAUUAACAAACCAGAAGUGUUUAUCUGUCCCAUCUCUUAAGAUGAGAGCUUACGGACUGUGCAAUGAAGACUAACAGUUGUCUCACCUAACAUGUAGUGGCUAUUCUGACAAAUGGUCUUGAUUCAAUGUUAAACUGCAACUGAGAUGGUGCAGACUCCCACCCCCUCCCCAGGUAAAUGCUGUUCCCUUAUGUACAGAGGCUUGUAGGAGUUGCCACAGAUAUCUUGUAGUAUGAGAAAUCAAGCAUAUUUCACUAAAAUUAGCAAUAGGUUUUUUUUAGAACAAUCUGUGGGCAAGGAGCCCUACAGAAGAAAGCAUGCAAUAUGUCGAGUUGUAGGGGCAGGGAAUGGUAACCGUUCUGUGUCUAUUAAAAAGCAUCUCAGUCACAAAUGUGGAUAAUCUUAGGCCAUAUCUUGGCCAAUGGGUGUUUUUAUUGGUUUACAAAAAUACUUGCUUUGUGUAGGCAGUACCAGCCUCCAUAAAGUCUUCAUAUACCUCCUCAUGCUCAUUUUUUAUAGUUUGUAUUUAGGGAAAUAGCUUUUUUCUGGAGGAAACAGGGUCAUAAGAGGAAAGUCCAGAGUGAGGCGUGAAUCUGUUCGUCUUACACAGCGCUUGCCUCGCUGAGUUACUCCUUCAUCCUUCCGGUCCACCCGCUGUUGACCUUAAACAUCAAGGUCUGCAGGUAUACCUAGGAUGGGAAUGGGGCGAUGUGGGACUCCUCUGCUUUGUUUGCUUCUAAGCUACUAUUGUGGGAGAAGACUCCAAAAAUAACUUUUAGUUGGACCUGGCUGUCCACACAGAGGCCCCAGAUCCCACUGUGGAUCUGAGGCCUUUCCGAGGAAACGGCAAUUGUUGGGCGCCUCACCGUGCAAAGCCUCCAUUUCCUUAGCGAAGAAUGAUUUCCUGCAGAGUAGGCAAAUAUAACAGAAUUAGCGUUAGUUGUAAAAGCUGUACUGUGAACUUCCUGCACGCAACUACUUAAUAAAAUCCCAGGCUAGGAUUUUUGAGAUUCAGAUGUCCAGUUCAUACAUUAUAAACAGUUCACACAGGGGCUUUUUAAUUUUUUCUAAGUGCCUUCAGGCAUACUGUUCUUAGAGCUAAUAAUUCAGGUGGCACUGGAACUGGAAAACCCGAACUGAGCCUGUGACUGGGCGAAGCUGCCUUGUGCGUUACACCUGACGUGCACACGAUGCAGUCAUGCUGGCUGUACCUGUGGAAGACCACAUAAUCUGUGCUUGACAAACUGCUGUGGGGGAGCCUGAUUUGGGAUGUGACUGUACAGGGGAAAGUGAACUGGGAAAACUCGCAGAUCGUCUGAUGCUUUAGUAAAUGAAUGAAAGUGGUUGUUGCUUACACUUGCAUUUAAACCGUAAGCAGAACUUUCUCUCUCCACACCUUAAAGUGCAGUUAACCGCCCUGCUCGGUGUGGUUAGCUGUGCAGCAUCCCUGCGUGGACGCACGCCUCGUCCCACGAUUGCUCGUUCCUGAA